AUGGCCACCCCUAUCAAGAAAACCCCAGUAAAGCAACCUGAAUGGUUCGCACCUGUUAACAAGAAUGACCAAAAACCAACGUUAAAAAUAUACAACUCAUUAACUCGUUCCAAGGAAGAUUUCCACACUAUUCGUCCAGGUCACAUAUCAUGGUAUAGUUGUGGUCCAACUGUAUAUGACCAUUCUCAUAUGGGCCAUGCUAGAAAUUACGUUUCUACUGAUAUUUGUAGAAGAAUCUUGCAAGACUAUUUUGGUUACAAUAUCAAGUUUGUUCAAAAUGUUACUGAUAUCGACGAUAAAAUUAUAAUUGCAGCACGUCAACAAUACUUGUUCGAACAGAAAGUAUCCAAUGUCUACACCCAAUUGAAUGACGAACUUUUACAAAACUCUAAAAGGUUCUUGUCCAGUUAUAUUGAAAAGAACUUGCCAGAAUUUACCGGGUCAAUUGAAUCUGAAUUUGAUCAAUGGAGCAAGACUAUCAACACCCAAUCAAACUAUGAAACCCUUGUCAAGGAGAAGCCAAAGUUGCCAAUGUAUGUCAAAGCAGCCACUGUAGCCCACCAAGCAGUAUACUCCAAGGCACCCGGCUCGAUUGAAGAGUUUUUGGCUGCUAUUAAAGAUACUGCCAUGCCAUAUUUGGAUUCCCAAUAUGGUUCGACUGUAACCGAUCCAGAAAUCUUCCGUAAGUUGCCAGCAUACUGGGAAAAAAGAUAUAACGAAGAUAUGGCAAGAUUAAACGUAUUACCACCAACUGUCACCACCAGAGUAUCAGAAUACAUUCCUGAUAUUGUUGCUUAUGUUGACAGAAUCAUUGAAAAUGGAUAUGGUUAUCGUACUGACGAUGGAUCAGUAUAUUUUGAUACUGCCAAAUAUGAACAUUCUCACCAUGAUUAUGCAAAAUUACAACCUUGGAACAAAGGUGAUAUGAGUUUAAUCAAUGAUGGUGAAGGUAGUUUAACUGCUGGUAAUGCCAAGAAGAACCCUUCCGAUUUCGCACUUUGGAAAGCCUCAAAGCCAGGAGAACCAUCAUGGGAAUCCAAAUGGGGUAAAGGUAGACCAGGUUGGCAUAUUGAAUGUUCAGUUAUGGCCUCCGAUAUCACUGGCGAACAAAUGGAUAUUCAUUCAGGUGGUAUUGAUUUAUGUUUCCCUCAUCACGAUAAUGAAUUGGCCCAAUCAGAAGCUUAUUAUGACAAUAGACAAUGGGUUAAUUAUUUUAUGCACAAUGGUCAUUUACACAUUCAAGGACAAAAAAUGUCUAAAUCUUUGAAAAAUUUUAUCACUAUUGAUGAAGCUUUGCGUGAUUUCUCAAGUAGACAAUUACGUUUGGUAUUUGCCUUGAGUCCAUGGGAUAAACCACUUGAUUUUAAGGAUUCUUUAAUUAACGAAGUCAAGAGUAUCGAAUCUAGUUUUUCCAAGUUCUUCACCAAUGUCCGUGCCUUGGAUUCAGACUAUAAGCAUACCGUAGAAGAAGGUGGGUUUGUAUCUAGAAAAAUCACCGAGGUUGAAAAACAACUUUAUGAUGAUUUAGCUAUCGCUCAGGAUGAGGUUGAUACUGCAUUUAAUGAUAAUUUAUCCAGUGGUCAAGCCCUCAGAGCUAUUCAAGAACUUAUUUCCAAAGCCAACAACUAUAUUCAACUUGCUACUUUAAACAAGGUUGAGUUGAGAAUCGAAGUAUUGUUAGCAAUCACCAAUUGGAUUGUCAAGAUUUUGAAUAUUUUAGGGUUUGAAACAAGACCAGAUAGAUUAGGCUGGAAUGAUUCAACUGGGGGCAACAAUGGUGAUGCCGCUAGCACUGAAGAUAUCGCUUUACCUUACGUCAAAGCACUUUCUCAAUUCAGAGAUUCUGUUCGUGGAUUAGCUAUCGCCAAGGCUGAUAUGAAGGAGAUUUUAAAUGCGUGUGAUUCCAUUAGAUCCCAAUUGGUCAACUUGGGUGUGUCAUUGGAUGAUAGACCAAAUGGGUCUGCUUUGGUCAAGUUCUUGAACGAACAAGAAAAGCAACAGUUGAUUGAGCAACAAGAAGCCAAGGCAAAAGCUAUUGCUGAAAAGGAAAGAAAGAAGCAAGAACAAGCUCUUGCACAAGCCAAGAAGGAACAGGAAAGAUUGGAAAAAAUGAAGACUCCGCCAUCUGAAUUAUUCAAGGAUUCAUCAUUGUACUCAGAAUGGGACCAAGACGGUAUCCCUGUAACGGAUGCUAAGGGAGAGAAAAUCAGUAAUAGUAUGAGGAAAAAGUUGACCAAACAAUUUGAAAAGCAAAAAGCCCUCUAUGACGAGUAUUUGAAAAGUCAACAGUAA